AUUGUCAUUAACAAAUGUGUAGCACACGUGAAACUAGAUCAUAUCAAUAUAUUUUAUUAAUUUUAAUUUCUAUCGGCAUUCUCUCGAUGGGAUUUCUUUUUUCAAAUGCAUUUACUGGAAGUGGAAACGCCCAUUUUGGGAAAGUUGAGGUGCCAAAUUCAGGUGAAAACAUGAAAACUCCAGAAGAACAUCAAAAUACACCUGCGAAAAAACUUAUAUUGGUGUGGAAGUAUGGUUUAACACUGGAAAAUCGUCAUAUCCAUCGUUUCAAUCCCUUGAAAAGAUAUUCACCGUGGAAGAAUUGCCCUGUUACAUCCUGCGAGCUUACAUACAGCGACAAAGAUUCAGAUAAAGCAGACGCGGUAUUGUUUCAUUUGCAAAGGAUGACAAAGAGAGAUGCCACAACGAUUUCGAGAUGGUCACAGAAAAACCGAAAUCCAAAUCAAAUAUGGGUCUUCCUAACAGAUGAAUCUCCAAUGCACACGACGUUCUACCUUGCAUACAACGGAUUAUUCAACUGGUCAAUGACCUAUCGAUCCGACAGUGAUGUCUGGGUUCCCUAUGGUCGCACAGUCGAGAACUUGGCAUUUUCCGAAGCUAAUAGGACCCACCAACUUCAGGAAAUGCCUGAUUAUCUCCCAGGAAUUCCUAAAAAACAUGAAUUAGUCGCUGUAAUGGGCAGCAAUUGCGCAAGAACUCGGGCAAGUAAUCGAUGGAAAUAUAUUCAGAUCCUUUUAAAUCACUUUAAAAUAUCUGAACAAAAGUUGCAUAUCUUCGGCGCAUGUUUAGGAGGCAACAGAACUGCCUGUCCAGGUCAUUUCAAUCAAGAUUGUUCUGUGUUAAAUAAUUAUAAGUUUUAUUUAGCGUUUGAGAAUUCAAACUGCAGAGAAUACUUAACCGAGAAAGUAUUCUGGAAUGCAUACUCCAAAUUUUCUGUACCAGUGAUCAUGGGGGCACCGAAGAGGGACUGUGAGAGGCUACUGCCUCCUCAGUCGUACAUUCAUGUUGAAGAUUUCGAUUCACCGGAGGAUUUAGUCAAUUAUUUGAGGUACAUUGAUGAGCAUUAUGAGAAAUAUGAGAAAUAUCAUGCUUGGAGGAGGCACUGGAAGGUUCUGAAUGAACACGGAUAUUUUGGAUCUGAGUCGAAGCACUACUGCCGUUUGUGUCAGGCAUUGUGGCGCAAUAAAUCUAGAACAAAAUAUUACGAGAAUCCCAGUGAAUAUUGGAGCCAAAAAGACUGCAUCUUGAGCUCUGAUGAAAUUGAUUGAAUUAUGACAACAGAGGAUCGAACUCAACUUCCAAGUGGUGAAGAACAUAACAUUGGGUCCUAUCAGAUUUGGAGCUCAUAUUUCGACCGAAGGCCAAAGGUUUCACAUCUGGAUAAUCUGAGUUGUUAUGAGCAAACGCUAGAGGAAGAAGUACAAAGUGCAUUUUACGCCUCGACUCUUAUCUGUGAAUCGGAAAAAAAUUCAAAAAAAUAGUAGAAUGAAAAUUA